AUCAGCAAUUUGAUUAAAUUAAUGUCUCUAAGGGCAAGGUCGACACCAUCCGCCACCGCAACCUCGGUUGCCGCCACCACCGAAGAUGCUCCCGACACCCCAAAACCUCAACCACCACAGCGCUCCUCCUCACCUCUAUCUCAACGUGCAUUAUCUCAAGCAUUAACCAGCACGGCCAACUUGGCUAACCUCCUCCCCACGGGGACCCUUUUAGCUUUCCAGCUGCUAACACCGGUUUUCACCAACAAUGGCUCGUGCGACGCGGCCACACGGCCCAUGACCAUCAUCCUCCUCGCCCUACUCGCCGUCUCAUGCUUCCUAGCUUCCUUCACCGACAGCGUUAAAUUAUCCGAUGGACAGGUUUAUUAUGGUUUUGCAACUUUUAGAGGAAUGUGGCUGUUCGACGCUCAGGGGACUAUUGCUUCUGGUUCUGAAGUUGGCGUUCCUGACUUGAGCAAGUAUAGAUUGGGAUUCAUUGACUGGGUUCAUUCAGUUCUAUCCGUUUUUGUGUUUGCUGCCGUGGCUUUGAGAGAUAAAAAUGUGGUGGGGUGUUUGUAUCCGAAGCCGGAUCAUGAAGUUCAAGAGGUUUUGGACAUUGUUCCCAUUGGAAUUGGAUGCCUUUGCGGCUUGCUGUUCUUGGUCUUCCCCACCAGAAGACAUGGAAUUGGUUACCCUGUCACGCCAGGCAAUUAAUUAAGUCACAUGUUCUUCUGUCUUAUUAUUCUUUGAUUCUGUGAUUAGUAAUAAUAGUAUACAA